GACAGUAUUGACAGUUGACGUUUCAUUGAAGUUGGCAACCCCAAAAUUAGUUUCCUUUUCCGUGUUGCAUGGUGUCGGCAUAAGGCCUCAUCAUGCAGAUCUUCGUCAAAACCCUAACGGGUAAGACCAUCACCCUUGAGGUCGAACCCUCGGAUACUAUCGAGAAUGUCAAAGCCAAGAUCCAGGACAAGGAGGGAAUCCCCCCGGAUCAGCAGCGUCUGAUCUUCGCCGGCAAGCAGCUGGAGGAUGGUCGCACGCUCUCCGACUACAAUAUCCAGAAGGAGUCGACCCUGCACCUCGUGCUGCGUCUGCGCGGAGGCGCCAAGAAGCGCAAGAAGAAGAACUACUCCACGCCCAAGAAGAUCAAGCACAAGAAGAAGAAGGUCAAGCUCGCCGUGCUCAGGUUCUACAAGGUUGAUGAGAAUGGCAAGAUCCACCGUCUGCGUCGCGAGUGCACCAGCGAGCAGUGCGGCGCGGGCGUGUUCAUGGCCGUGAUGGAGGACCGCCACUACUGCGGCAAGUGCCAUCGCACCAUGGUCUUCAAGGACGACGACAAAUAAACUACUCUGACGUCACUAGCAUAAGUCACUUUGACUGCCGUGUAUGACGGAUUUUUCAAUAAAUCUUGACACGGUGUUGAAGUA